AUGUUAACCGGGUUUUUACGGGAACCCACGGGUUUCCCAGAUGUGGGUACGGGUCGGGUUGGGCUCAAACUCCACGGGUUUGGGGCGGGGCGGCAAUUCCUAGUCUUCAAACGCAAAGUUCCUCAAUUACCGAAAGUGUGGUUAUUUCCGUUUAUGUACGCGUUCUCCAUGUUUGCCAUUUGCAUAAUAAUCGCCACUUUAUAUCGAUUUCAUAAGCGAUUCUUUGGUCGAUCACUAGAUAUAGUAUUAUCAGAAAAAGCUAACGACAAGUUUGGUAAUAGCCAAGGAACUAGUAAGUACAUAAUCACAAUAUCAACGGUGGAGACGAUAUCACACGCAAUACCCGCUUAACCACAAGAAUAAUCAAUUCAAAUACUAUUAUCAAUCAGUGAUUGAUAUUAGUUUUCAUACAAAUUAUAUUCU